AUAAUGGGAGCUAAAGGGGUACUUGCCACACACUGUGUCAUCUUGUACCUCCUUCAGAUGGUGGCACUGAGUUCAGAAGAAUUCACCGUGGCUGGCUUGACUGGGCCAGUCUUGGCUCCAUUGGGUGGAAACCUUGAACUGAGUUGUCAGUUGUCCCCACCACAAAAUGCACAGCACAUGGAGAUUCGCUGGUUCAGGAACCUCUAUACACAACCUGUGCACCUGUACAGGAAUGGUAAGGACCUGCAUGGGGAAACUAUCUCCAAAUAUGUGGAGCGGACUGAACUCCUCAAAGAUGACAUUGGGAAAGGAAAAGUGACCCUCAAGAUCUUUAACGUGUCUGCUUCUGAUGAUGGGCCAUACCACUGCAUCUUCAAAGAUGGACAAUUCUAUGAAGAGCACAUAAUAGAGGUUAAGGUCACAGUCACAAGCUCAGAUAUACAGAUUCUUAUGCAUCCCCCUAAUACCAAAGGUGUGAUGUUGGAAUGUCAUUCAGGAGGUUGGUUCCCACUGCCUCAUAUGGAAUGGAGAGACAGCAAAGGAGAAGUCAUUCCAGCAACAUCAAAAUCCCACUCACAGGACAUAAACAAAUUAUUCAACGUGAAAAUGGUCCUUUUUAUUGAAGCUUACUACCACCGAAACGUCACUUGCUGCUUUCGAAACCUUCUAACUCACCAAGAAGAAAGCAUUAGUAUUGUCCUAUCAGAUGAACUGUUUUCAUGGAGAAGAGUUUGGAUAACGAUUCUGAGUUUAAUAGCAUGUGUGCUGAUAGCCUUCCUCUUGACUUCCUGUGUUCAGCAAUAUCCCAUAUUUGGUAAAUAUUCUAAAGGGCUGUGUCCUUGGAAAAAGAGUGCAAUGCUAUUCAUGAUUUCAAUGUUUGCAAUUGGAGGAGUCAAUCUCAUUUUGUAUCAAAGGCAAAGAGUCCCAGUUUCAGAUCCACAUUUUGAACUGGAUACUUUGUGGGUAGAAGAUAUUAGUGUGGUCCUGUGUGUGCUGAUAGUGUUCAUCAUCAAGCUCAUUUCAUUUAUUUACUUCAGAUUGAAAGGUAACUAUGAAAGAAAUGCUAGCAAGAAGAUCUGGUUCAUGUAA